UUGGCCUGACUAGAUACCUAUCUGUCUGUGACACAACAUGUGCGUAUGCAGUGCGAGGUGUCUUAAUCCUGUGGAAAAGGUCCGAUUAAGAGUUGGAAGAUUGGGACGGAUGGGGGUGUCGUGUUGGAACAAGUCGUCAUGGCAGAUUCAUACACUCGUGUUUGUUUGUGUUUGCUACAUUGGUAAACCUUGAGAGUUGGAGGACCAGGACGCUUCGUUCGCAACACGGCCAUGCGAGCUGAGGGCAACCGCCCCGUCAACCAACCAGCGAACAGAAGUUGCAACCCACGCCCUAAUCCGGCAGGGCCAGACUCCGUCGCACAGCAAAGAAACACCACCGCAGACAAGACGAGUGCACAAGCGUCUUAUCUUUAGCUCACACCCGGCCAAUGAAGCCCCUGACUCAACUCCCGCUCUCUGACGCGCAGUCUGGCGCGGCUAAGGGCCUGGUGAAGAUCGCGGCCGGGCGCGCCAGGCAUGCUAGUCUUGGCCUCCGGAGCCAAUACAUAGACACACAUAUCCCACCCUGUGUGUUUGUAGUUAAUUUUUUCAAUUUUGCCUUGGGAAGAUUCACACUUCGCCUGUGUCGCCCUACCUCUUUAAUAGUAUUGUGCUGUUACGUUCUUGAAUCAAGUGGCUGGACCCUCCCCUUGCUAUACUCGCUCAACACAGUUUGUGUAAUCCCAGGAAAGAGUGAUCAUUUAUUGUGGUCGAGUGUUUGGAUUGUCAUAUUGGAAAGAAUCAUGGGUCGCCAACUUCCUCCAAGUCAUCUGAAAGUCCCGCCUGGCCCGUAUGUUUUCCCGCAACGACACUUCAUGGCAGAUACGGUUCUUGUGAACUCCAUUUCGGGGUUCGAGAAGGCUAUUCCCACAUUGCCUGGUUUGCCAGGAUUGAGGACAAGUGCCACAUUCCUCACAUCGCUGAGUGCGAAUCUCCAAAUCGACCCAGACCUCCCCUCGCCAUUGGGCACUCCAACGACCUUCCGUAUAGAUGGUCUCUCACACUACCCACUUCCACCUACACCGUUGUCUUUCUCCACGCUACCAGCAGCCUACAAUCCGUAUCCCUCGCCAGCAGCAUCAGAGAAAACAUAUACACCCAAAGCAAAAGCACCCAUCCAACCACCUACACAAGCUCUCCCGCAACUCUCCACAUACACGGCCGAAUCAGAAGAUGACCGUGUCGAGGGUCUCCGCAUUGUCGCCGACUCCGUAGCCCACCAACGCCAAACCGCAAGUAAAACGCUGGUAUCCCACCCUCUAAACCUCGCCGCGUACCUCCUUAUCGUUGCGAUCGUCACAUUAUACAUGCGCCAUGAUGUCGUCUCGCUCGGCACUACAAUCGGAAGCCUGACUCUGAUGUUCCUCGCUGCAGUGCGAUGGAUGACUAUCGGCUACAUUGGGCUCGCAGAGGAUAUCACCAGGGAUUGGCUGGGUGGAGACAGACUUAUCGUGGUGAAAUGGGGCGAAGAUGUUAUUGGCGCGUUGGUGUUGGGAUGGGCUGAUAACGACGCGUCGAAGAAGCGGGGCAGGAGGAGGAGGGGCAAGGCUGUGGUGAGGGCUUGGACAGUCAAGUCAAAGUAUCAAGGAAAGGGCGUGGGAGAAGGACUUUUGGAAGAGGCAGUCAAGGUUGCGGGGGAGAAAGGUGCGGAUGGGAUUGUUUUCGACGGGGAGCAUGCUAAUUCUAAGCGUAUCCUACCCGCGAUUUACAACGGCUUCCAGAACAAGCAGGAGGCCAAAGCAGAGAAAGCGCUACGAAAGGUUGCGGAUGAGAAGGGCAACUUUCGCCAGCGUCAGUCUUCCCCAACUUGGGGGAGCAGAUAGACCAUGUGAAACCAUGGAGAGCAGAAGUUGAGAGAUUACAGGAACUCCAGGAUUGGGCAGAAUUCUGGUUCGAUUACAGUGAAGAGAUUUCCUUAAAAGAUACCCCCAUUCCCUCGUUGAGAUACCCCACCCGAUCGCUAGAUAUUUGCUCAGCAUCCGGCGUCUUUUUUUUUCAAUUUUCAUUCUCUGGAGCUGGAGCUGGAGCAAGACAUGGCCUAGAUUCUUACACCGUAGAAAGUCCGCUAGAGUCCAAUCAUACCAUUUCCUUGAUAGUCU